CUGGUGCUGUUCCUGAGCAUCACACGCAUCAACAAGGUCGUCCGCGAACUCAAGGCGGGCGCCUACACCAAUGAGACGCCGGUGGCAGUGGUAUAUCGCGUGGGGUGGCCGGACCAACUGGUCAUCACUGGGACGCUGGGCGACAUCGCGCCCAAGGUGAAGCGCGCGGGAAUUACGCUUCAGGCGCUGGUGCUGGUGGGCGCGGCAUUCGACACCGACAUACGGCGGAUAGAAGCGGCGGACGGGCGGUUGAAUUCUCUAAGAGCGAUGCAGUGCAUCAGGCCAAGAGUGAAGCCGUGCAUCAGGGCAGCGGUGAUGGCUGAUGCUACGGCGAUAGUCGCUAUCUCGCGGCGGGGAGCGGCGAUUGGAGGGCGUGUGCGUGAUGCGCUCGGUGGUGGUGCGCUGUAUGUGGAGCGGCGGUUUGCGGAUGCGGUGGAAGGGGCUACGGCGUUCGACCUGCCGGCGCGCCCGCUGGUGGGGCGGCUGUUUAAUGAGUACGAGCGGCUUGUGCUGAUGAUGCCCGUGGGGGCGGCGGUGCGUUUGCUGGCGGCGCAUAUUGGGCACAAGCACACUGAUGCGGCGGCGGUGUGUGUUGACGAUGCGGGGCGGUUUGCGGUGAGCCUGCUUUCAGGGCAUGUAGGUGGCGGGGAUGCGCUUGCUGAGCGGGUUGCCGAUGCGCUUGGCGCGACUGCGGUGAUUACAUCGGCGUCGCAUGUGUUGGGAACGCUUGCGGUUGACCUUCUGGGCAGCGAGUUUGGCUGGCGUAUCGAGGCGAGUUCAGUGAUGGUCACGCGGGCGAGCGCGGCUGUGGUGAACGGCGAGCCGGUGGGCGGGUGUACCAGGAUGCUGGGUGAGCGCGACUGGUGGGAUGCUGGCAAGCCGCUGCCGUCCAAUGUGAACGUUGCCGCGCAGUCUGGUGGUGGGGAUUGGGAGCAGGCGGGGCGUUGGGUGGCGGAGGUGGAGGGGCUGCUGCGGGGGACAUUCGCGGCAGAGCAGCUUGCGGUGGGGAGCGUUCGGUGCAUCGCUACGGCGGAACUGAAGCGGGAUGAGGCGGCGAUUGGGCUGCUGGCGGAGCGGCUGGGGGUGCCGGUGCGGUACUACGGGGCGGAGGAGUUGAAUGGGAUGCCGGGGCCGUCGGGGGCGUCGGAGUCGCAGCGGCUGCUGGGGAUUGUGGGGGUGGCGGAGCCGGCGGCGCUGCUGGCGUCGGGGGGCGAGAUCGUCGUGCCGAAGGUGAGGUCCGCGGCUGCGACGCUGGCGGUUGCUCGGAUAAAUUACCCUCACCCUAACCCUCUCCCAUGGGGAGAGGGGACAUCCGUCUCGGCACCCCCAUCCUAG